UUUCAAUGAAAACCCAAAAUGGCAGCCUCCAUGAUAACAAUGUGGUGAACAUGAGCUAAUCGUGUUGCUGGUUGUAAGUUGACGACAUAUCAGAUCGCCGGUAGUUUGACAAACAGAAAUUUAGCGACGGGUCAGAGAGAUAUUUAUCUGCGGAGAUGACUGCUGCCGAAGCCAAGCAGACCAGGAGAAUCUACGUCGGGGGUCUCUUCCCCGAGAUACUUCCCGACGACCUACGCAACAAGUUUGCCAGGUUUGGUUCUGUGGAGGAUGUCCAGAUCAAAGUUCGCAGGGAUGAGCAAGGUGAACCCGUGAAAACCUUUGCCUACCUCAACCUAAAUGGAACAAAGAAAGAACUUGACACAUGUUUCAGCACGUUCUCCAGGGCUAAAUGGAAGGGUUCGACUAUGGUCCUGCAAACAGCCAAAGAGAAUUUUCUCACCAAGCUGGAGAAGGAGCGAGGUGAGGCUGCCCUCCCCCAGGAUGACGGCAGGACCGCCCAUCUACACGACCCCCUCGCUGAGGCGCCAGGGGUGCAGGACUUUGUGAUGAGGGGAGCUGUCCCAGGCACCCCCAUCCCCGGGGAGAAGAAUUGGGUAGUCGGCAAGUACGGCCGAGUCCUCCCCAUCGUCCACCUCAAGAAGCAAAGCCAGCACAAGAUUGUCCGUGUUGACCCGUCCAAGCUCUGUCACAACCUGAAGAAGCUGAAGGAUGAUGGCCUUGCAGAGAAAGGUCGGGUCAGCCUCACAUGGACUAUUGGUGACCAGGACUCGGACAUCACGCGGAAGCGGAAAGGGGAAUUCCCUGUGGAGCACAAGAAAAGCAAGAGGGCCGCCAGCCAGAUGGUGAUGGACUUCCUGACUCAGCAGAAACACAGACACGCUAAAGUCGUGAAAGAAGCCAACAACUUCGAGAUUCUGCUCCGAGACGGGACGGUGAAGAACAACUCAAGUCAACAAAAUGGUGGCAGCAGAGGUAAAGGCUCCUUGGACAAAGUGAUGGCUCCAGAGAAAGGCUCCUCCGAUCAGGAGUCUGCUGAUACUGACGAAAUCAUCGCUGCUACAAAGUCAAAGACAGCUGGCAAGAAGAAGACAAACGCUGUUCGUCAGCCAAGUAAAAGGUUCCAGGAACACUACACCAGUUCUGACAGUGAGAGUGAGACCGGCGAUGUCCAGUCUGAGUCAUUUGUGUAUGUCGCAGGGAAGAAAGGAGCAAAGCCAGGAUCUCAUGUUAAGAAAUUUGCAUCUAAGACACCCAGUAAGUUAAACUUGAAGUCAUCAGCUUCAGACUCCUCCAGUGGAGACAGCAGUGGUGCGGAGGAGGAGGGAUCGUCCCAGGAGAAGGGAAGUGGCAGACCAACUGAUUGUUCUAACAGGGAGUCAAGUGAGUCGGAAUCUGCGUCGGACAGUUCCAGUGAUAAUGCGUCCUCCAUGGAACUUGAGGACGGACAGCUUGGGAGCUCAGGCAGCUCCAAGUACGAGAAUGACGAUAAGGACUCCGGCUCUGACUCCGACUCCAACCCUGACUCUGACCCCGACUCCGACUCUGACCCCGACUCCGACUCUGACCCCGACUCCGACUCCGACCCCGACUCCGACUCUGGCAGGAAUGAGCCUCAGUCUCGAAGGAAGUCUGGGAUUCCAGAGUUCCGAGGGAGAGCUGUGUUGGAUCAGGGGGAUGUCUCCGGCACACCUCCUGGGAAAGUUGCGAAAAAGUCCAAAGACCAAAAACCAGGAGCAGUCAAUGACAGCAAGAAACCAGAUAGACAAAGCACGGAUGCUGAAGACAGUGACUCCACUGGGUCAGCAGACACUGAUGAGAUUCUGGCCAGCUUCAGAAAGUCUUCAAGGACCACAGUCCCACCUGCUGGCCAAAGCAAGAUGACGUCUGCUCCGUCGUCUGCUCCGUCGUCUGCCCCGUCGUCUGCCCCAUCGUCUGCUGGUCUGUCCAGGGCAGUGGAUGAGUUCUCCUGUGGCUUUUCUGUAGAUGGAGGCAGGAUUGUGUAUCCACAACGAGUGAUCGACAGCGGAGAGGAGAGUGACAGUUCUCAGGAAUAUCGACCUUCAAAAAAGCAGAAGAAGUCCCUGAAAGAGGAAUCUGGGAUUAGAGGUGACAGGUCUGCCAAUCAGAAGACAAAACUGGCCCCUGGUGCGGAGAAGAUGGUGGACAGACAGGCCGGGAAGUCGGAGGAGGGUCAGCGGGGUAAAGAUGUUCCAAAAUCUUCAGAUAAAAGUAGGACUGAUUUCAACAACACAGGCAGAGAGAAGCUGAGUCAGGCGGAGAAGCAUAUGGAUGACAACCGGCGCCGUCUGGAAACGAUACGAGAGAGGAAGAGAGAGGUACAGAGUCGCAAAGCUGCAGUGCGUGACGCUCUAGCUCAUGUGGACUCCGGCAGCAGACUCAACAAGAAGAUCGUGUUCGACUCUGAUGAUGACAAGGAGGAAACACCAGCAGCAGCGGCAUCAACAUCAGUAACAGCUGUCAGCACCACGCUGUCGUCUCCUUCAUCUGAUGAUGAUGAUAACAGUAGUGAUGACAGUAGUGAGGACAGUAGUGAGGACAGAGAUUCAUCUCUGGUAAAGAAGCGCAUGCCCCUCUUCGGUAGCUCAGGAUCAUCGGAGGAGGAGGACGAGGAGGAGAUGUUCCGUGUUCGGCCUCAGUAUGAAGGGGAGAAGGGCAGCAAGUUGAUGCAGCUUCAGGCCCGUCUGGGAAGUGAUCACCGGUUCCGUCUGGACGAGCGCUUCGUGGAGAGCGAUGAGGAACAGGAGAAAGAGGAUGGCAACGUAGGGGAUGUUGACAUGGAGGGCGAGCGGGCGAGGGCGCUGCGGAUCCUGGAGGAGGUGGUCGGGAGGCAGCCGAUGGCGAGGAUGCAGAGGCAGGAGAGUCAGAGGAAAACCUUCAAGGAUGUGAGCACCCUCCACUUCGACCCAGCAUGCGAACAGCACAGACAACUGGAGAUGCAGACAACGCCAAAGGAAAAGAUUCCAAAAAAGAAAGGCUCAAAAAAGAACAAGGAGGCUGAGGCCCCUGAGAUCGUUGUGCCCGAGGUCAGCAAGGAGCGGUUUUUCGAGGUGAGCUCUGCAAUCCAGGACGUGUUCAACAAGACGCAUGAUGACAAGGCGGCAGCAUCAGGCUUCUCCCUCAUGGCGGCCUUCGGGGGGCAGAGUCAGACCGACACCAGGUCUCAAUCUGGGGAAUACAGUGCUCCUGAGGUUAAGGCGCCCUCUGGUGCCAUGAAUCCUUGGCAGUCCCGGUUUUCGGUGGAUGUCACUGACGACUCCAGUGACGACGAUCAGGAGCAACAGAGCUCGGCGCCGUCAGCUCACACAGACAGUGUUGUGUGUCCUGUCAGGAAGUUGACGUUUUUCUUCUCUGAGGAUGACGACCGUCUUCAAGAGGGUGUGGAUUUCUUCAAGAGACCUCAGGACUUCGACUCGGUGGUUGAGAAAUGGAGGGAACAGAGGCCGAAGCUGAUAGAGGUAGGUAAUGGAGGGAACAGAGGCCGAAGCUGAUAGAGUCCUACCGGGAAAAGUGGAGAAAAGCUGUGAAAAACAAGAGGAAACUGCAGAAAACAUCGACUUGGCACAGUGGCGGCCAUCGAACACCAAGCAGACGGGCCAAGGUCAACAGAAGAUCAUUCUAAUCAGCUCCAGAUAUUGUUGACUUCAAUAAAUGUUUCAUUGUU